UCUGGUUGCUCAGCACUUGGAAUUUUCUAUCUCCAAAAGCCCAGACACUUCAUCAGCACUCCUUGUGCCAUAGAAGACAAGUCUCCCUGAGCUCAUCCCCCACUCUCCCAAAGGUCCUGUAUUCCACCACCACUACCACAACCCCGCCCAAGUUCCUUCUUGCCCCACCAGAAGAGGAUGGCCUAUGAAAAAUCAGCAGAUCUCUUUGACAUCGCCAGGUCAAUGUUCAAGUAUCCAUGGCUGGAAUAUCCAGGAAGGACCAAAGAACUCAGAAAAGCCACAGCUCCCGUUUACCUGCCCUUGUCCUGCCACCAGAUGCCAAAGGAAGAGUUUCCCCCAAGUCCGGAGUGCUGGAGGCAACACCCAAGCAAGCCAAAUGCGGUACCUUACUGCUACUUCAAGAAGCCCGAGAUCUACACACAUUGGCACACCCUGUACAAUCAGCAACAGGAACGAGAGACCCAGAAGAUGUUGCAGAAAAUGAGAGAUCACCCUAGGUACCACAAAGUGGGAACCCCCAUCCAAAAAUUUCAUCUUCCAAUGAUCAAGUUGACUACAAAAUCUCAGACAAGAUACAAGACUUUACACCCUACUGGGGACCCCCUGAAGUGGCAAAGAUUAAAGGAACUCACAAAAAGCCUAAAAUCUCCCAAAGAGGAUGAACAGUUCUAUGCAGCACAGGCUCUCGGGUGCCUGGGCAUCAGUGACAAGUUUGUCAUGGAGGCACUAUUGAAGGUGGCCCAAACUAGUCCAAAGAAAGUGAAGUAUGAGGCCUGUCGAACCCUGGCCAUCCUGGGUUGCCUGAAUAAGCACGUGAUCCAGGCUCUCAUCAAGCAGUUGAAGGGGCAAAAUGAGGGGCAAAGGAUGGAAACUCUGACGGGGCUACGAGUGGCUCUGAACUCCUGGGCUGCUAUUCCAAAAGAUAAGAGGACUCAAGUCGGGGACGAAGGGAAGUUGGUGCCUGUGCUGCAGAUGCUGAUACAAAAAUCAUCAAAUGAAGCAGCAGUGGAGGCAGCCCUGUGCUUGGGUUUCCUGAGACCCUGCAACAACACAGCCCAAGAAUUCUUGCUGCAGUGCCUGUGUCAAGGGCCCAUGACCCAGAGGAUAAAGGCACUUAGGAUGCUGGUCAAGAUGAUGCGUGUGCACUCAGCCACAGUCAUCAGAGCCAUCCUACACCAAUUGUGCCAUUCCAGUGUCCUUGAGCACCGCUUAGAAGCCACCCAGAUGCUCAAGACCAUUGGGCUGGAACAGAUCCAAACACAGGGUCUGGAGGCACUUGUAUUUGACCUGCUCAGCAAGAAGCUAUAUAAUGAACCCUUUUUCGCCAUGAGGCAAGCUGUGGCUGAAACGAUGGAAGAGCUCAAGAUGAAGCCUAUGAUGAUGAACUUGGUGGAGGCGCAACUGAUGAACUCAGAUGCCACUGCACGUCAGGAAGCCAUCGUCUCCCUGGGUGUCCUGGGGAUCCGCAGCCCACAAGUGUUCCACUUGCUCCUGGACAUGCUAGAUGAGGAAAAGAACCAGUCUGUGAAGAAGAGUCUACAAGAAACACUCAUUCUUUUGGCCUCAAUUGAUCCCUGGAUCCAAAACAAGCUGAAAAACAAGGUUCUCUUAAUAUAUGAGGCACCUAAGACCAACGAGAACGUAGAGCCUACAAGGUUCCGGAAAAAGCCUGAGAACCCAGAAGAGUUAAAUAUCCAAGACUUUCGACUUGCACAGCUGAACCCUUUGUUUAUUGCAAAGUCAAUUGCCGCAUCAAACCAAGAGAAAAAGUUGAGUGACCAGAAAGGGUUUGCCUACUACCUCAACUCUGCCUUCCCACCCUGUUUCUCUAAACCACAAAAACACAAUUCACAGGCCACAGGGCCCUGGGUGCCAGAGAUCAGGAAACAGCUACAGAUCCUUGCCAAAACCUCCAAAUAG